AAGACGUCAAGAAAACGGAAGAGGGCGAAAGAAGAAACUUGCGAUGUGCAUAUUCCUGGUAUGUUGAGAUAAAACAAAUAUAACUUAAAUGUCAUGCUACUUUUUCAGUUACUAGUGGGUGAAGUUUGGUUAAAAAUAAGCUUGUGGUCUUUGGAACUAGAUUCUUUUUUUUUGUUGUUGUUGUUUUUAUCUUUGGUAAAACGUCUGUAAAACUCCAUACAUUUAUUAUGCAUGAAUCAAUAGUUCAUGCUGUUUCUCGCAAUGAGUUAAUAUGAAGAGAGUCAAAAUGAGUAUGCAUAAUAAAUGUAUGGGGCUGUGGGGAAAUCUUAAGUUUUCUUUUUUUUGUUGCAUGUGCAUGAUUUGUAAUGCAAAGAGUGGAAAAAAGAAUUUUAGAAUAGCUUCGCUCAAACACCGAUACUUUUUAUAUCGCUACAGUAGUAUGCUCGUUCUGAUUGGCUGCUAAUUGGGCAAGUUUUUUUUAGUAGCCAGGUGUCCAAGGCAUACAUAAUUUGUGUUUAACUUGAUAGUGGACAUCAAUUUCAUGGUCAGUUGAGAGCUGUUAUACUAGAGGUAAUCAAGGAUGAUGGAUCCAUGUUCAUCACUACCUUAUGGAAACGAAAAUGAGACAAAAGAAGUCCAGUUUCCCAGCCAAGUUGCCCCUGAUAAAAUUAAUAGGUGCAGUUAAUUUGCAGUCGCCCAUGAUAGCUCGAAAAUUUCUGCCUUAGUGCCACAGGAACACCAGAUUAGGAUGCGUUCUGAUGAACGCGAAAAGGGUAUCCACCGACCAGUGUCACAUGACCAUAUCACAGGUUCUAGUGUACAACUCAUUAAGGUGAUGUGUUUUUUUUCCCAACCCCUCCCCAUCCCACAAACAACUUUAGACUCAUUUAUCCAGAAUUAUUCCCUAGUUUCAACUUUGUAUAGGGUGGGGGAGGGAGAACUGCAAGAUAUUUUCAAAAAGGUUGCACUGUUUUGUGAGGGCAACCAGGAGGUACAGAAACUUUAUGACUGCUGCAUCACUGUCCCAAGGACUUUUGUCUAGGAUUGUAGCUGCAUUUGACGAACAUCCUGCUUACUGCUAGGACUCAAUGUCAACAUAUGUGCUCAUGAACAAUGGUGGAAAUGUGAUAGUGAAUCUUAAGCCUGGUGAUUAAAAUAAUGAGAAACAUGUAUUUUUUAGUCAGCAACACAAGCAGCCCAAAAGAACAAAAUCCGAGUCUGACUCCCUACAGGAGUUGAACCUAUGACUUUCUGGUGAGACAAGUCCCAACUAGGGAACUCCCAACCAAGUUCCCUGAUUGGGACUUGUCUCCCUCUUCCAAAUUUGGGAUUUUUGUGGGUAUUCUUUAAAUACCCUAAAAUAUCCAAAAAUGAGAAUCUGUUAUUUUUUCCUGUGAUAUUAACAUAGGAAAGAAAAGAAAGAAGAAAGGGAAGAGUGCAAAGAGAAAAGAAAAAAGAAGGAGGUUAGCAGAGGCAAGAAAGGUUUGCAAACAGUUAUUGGUAUUUUAUAUAAUCAUACAUCUGUUAUUUUUACAAGAUUUACUGAAGAAAAUCACAGACGUAACUAAGGGUAAUAUUAAAUUAUUGUUGUAGGUAAAGUCUGUUCUCAUGUUUAACCAGUGUAAUAUUCAACCUACAAUCGGCGACAAAAUAUUAUUGUUGAGACAUCAAUGUACUCAAAUUGGGUAUAAUUUAAACUUUAGAGAACAACAAAAUCCACACCCCGCCGCUGCCCCUCCAUUCAAAGUUGGGGUGUUUGUUGUUUUCUGUAGGUAGCUCAAACAUCAGCACAACAUUGCAUGGAGGGGAUGGGGGAGGAAAAGCUGUAUUUCCUCCUUUUGAAGUCAGUAUAACAUACAAAAAGCCCAGUUUAGGGCGAAGUGUCUCAACUCAUUUUGUCGCCGAUUGUAGGUUUUAAGGUUUGUAGUCUGUGAAUACAGUGGUCUCUCCUGGCUCCUUGCCACUAGAACAUCUUGCAAGGAAAAAAAUCUUCACCUCAACAAGAGAAAUUCCAUACUGAUGAUGUUAAUCAAUGUUUUUUUUCAUUGUUUUCCAGUUAUUUUAAAUUUGUUCCAAUUUAAUUUCUUCUGGUCCAUUGAUGCUAAAUGGGAGCGCAAGAAAAUAAAUUUCAAAUUUCACAGGAAUUGAGAAAACACACUCAGGUAAAAUCGUCAUGCGUAAGAUUUGAUUUUGAGAAAUUUGAAGCAUUUGAAGUUUGUUUUCUUGGCCUCCCAUAAGAACCUUUUCUUUGGAGUUAUUUCAUAAAACUUAUUACAUUUAUAGCCCUCGAAAAGAGUAAAAAAGAGUGCAAUCUGCUUGGUUUUAGUCCACUGAAAGUUGAAAUUACUCAAAGAGUAAUGGAUUUUGUCUUAAACUUUCUUUCAGCAAAAGGUCAAUCAUGGGCAAGAGGAUCUUUUCACAGCUGAAAAUAGCCAGCUCCAGCCAACAGUCAACCCUUAUACAGAACAUCUUUUCCAAGCAGGAAAUGUCCAUCAUGCCCUCUCACCAGUAAAGAUCUCAAGCAUACCAGAGCUUAUUUUAUUUGCAUUAACACCCGAUGAUGCAGUUGUCCCUGAUUGGUGUGAUAUCAUGAAUGUUAGAAGCAUACAGAAAGUUGUUAUUGUCCUUGUUAGUGGCAUUGGAGCUGUAGAAUUUAAUAAACACCAAGAGCACUUUUCCCAGUGUAACACACUCUUCGAAAAGGUAAUCUCUUGCUGACUCUCCUUUAUAUGACAUAGUUUCUUCAAAUCUGAUCUAUACCAUAAAUGACCUAUAAAUACCCAGGGCUUCUACAAUAAUUUAAUUUUAGGGGUCCAAGCAGGGUGUUUGAUAGAUAUGAGGCAUUACAAAAAAAGAGAGAGGCAUUUAUUCCUAUAACAGUACUGUAACAGCUCAACAAAACUAAUAUGCUUUCAGCAAAAAAAUUGAGAGAGUUUAGAAAUAGCAGAAUAUCCACUCCUUUAAUUGAUACGUCUAGGCCAUCUAGAGAUCCAUAUUGCUCUUUCAAAUCCCAACCUCGAGGUCAGAAUUCUCACCCUAGGUUAUUGUACUGCCGUCAUUAGUCUAUCCUUACUUUGAACUUAACAUUCAUGGACAAGAUGAAAUACACAAACCCUCAGGAUAAUCAAGCAAGAAACUGAAUGAAUUGAAUGAUUUUGCUUCUUUUUGCUAUUAAAUGUGUAGUAUUUUGAAGCAGUUCUUAUAGGGGGCGUGUAUUAGAAGGGGUGAUUAUUAGAAUGGGGUGUCUAAUACAUUUUAACAGUGCACGGAGGAGGCGUUUUUUGCCAGCGGGUGUUUAUUACAUCAUUUACAGUAGAUAUACACUUCUUAAUAGUUAAAACUACUAUACUAGUGAUUUAUAAUAGGCUGAUCAGUAGGGAAAAGGAUGUAUUAUUUAAAUUGAUGAUUUUGCCCUUUAACUAAUUUCCAAUUAUUUUUUCAUAUGUAAGUUUAGUUCUAUAAAUUCUUAUCAGUAAGGACUGCAAGAGAAAUAUGUUUCACUUAAUUUAGUGGAGAUUUAAGCAAAACAAAUAUGCUAAUAAUUCUUCCAUUGGCUCUUUCUUCCAACAAUGUUUUACAUAGCUAACUUUGUUCUUGGGACAAAGGGUGGCAUAAUGGUGAGAGGACUUGACUCCCACCAAUGUACCUUGGUCAGAAUCCCAGAAGCAACACCACACACUGUAUGUGGGCUGAGUUUUCUGCUGGUUCAGUCUAGCCCACACUUGAAGAGAUUUUUCUCUGGGUACUCCAGUUUUUCCCUGUAGUGUUAAAGCUGAUAAUAUACAACUACAAGUAUAUUGAACGGCUUCAAAAACUAUGAUAUAGAUGAACUCAUUCUUGCAAUUACUGUAUAAUUAUUUAGAUUUGGGUUAUUUUGGUCUAAAAAAUUGGACGCUUUAUCAGAUAUAAAGACACUCAUUAAACAUUGAUUUUUUUUGUUUUUUUCUUUAUGAAUGUUAAUAAGAUGUGAUAUAUUUUUUAUUUAUUAUAUAAAACUGUGAUAAUGAAGCCAUGCCGGGUAUGGAUUUUGUGUCUCUUCAGUGGACUCCUUUUUUAAAGGGGCUUCCUUGUAAGGAAAGUUUGAUAAUGCAUUUACAUUGUUAAACUAUCGUUUUCAUUCUUUAAGUUCUUUUUUUUUCAGUGUGUGGCAACUUUCGCCUCAGGUCCAGAUAUUUCCGUACGGCUACCUCCGGAAAGUUUAUUAUCCGUAGACAUUUCAAAACAAGAGAAAAAGAGGAGGAAACAAGCUAAACAGAAUGGUAAGAAUAUUCAUAUCCAGUGUGAGCAAAUAUUGCCGCCGACACAUUAAUUGUGGACAGUGCCUCUUUCAGCCCAAAAUAUUCUGUAUUGACAGCAUAAAUUUGUCCAGAAUCUGGUCAAGAGCUCUUAUUGGUUGAUUUAGUAACAUUUCACUCUGACGGCAGUUGUUUAUGAUUAACAGACAAAAGACUUAAGGUCACAAAAAUCAAUUCUACAAAGUGAUGAAUCUACUAAGAAACACUCCAAAUAUACUGAAAGCAAAUUUUGCUUUUCAAGAACUUUUUCACUUUUGGUGGUGUCAAAUUUGCGGCAUUAUCAUAUGAGCCAUACGGCCCCACGCGUAAUUUCCUUGGAAAACCAUAUGACAAAAAAAAGUCCCGUAUGAGGUGCUUACGCGUCAAGUGAUAGAGGCAGAAAAACGCGUACGGCCCUGCUAGAAAAGGGCGUACGAAACGAGGCAAAUGCUGCCAUGAACGCGUUUUCGCUCCGCCAGAAAAAUUCAAAAACACAACGGUCAUAUGAUAAAAUGCUUAUUGACCGAGUUAGGUCGGGUCGGACGUGAAGAUAUUUGAUUCUCAGUCUGGACGCACGGACCUCGUUGCGCUACUGUAGGUCCGUACGUCCAGACCUCGAGCCAAAUAUUUUCCCGUCUGGCCCUCCCACUCAGUCAAUAAGUACAUAUAACUCAAGGAGAAAAACAAACUUGAAAAAUUUUACAUUUAGAAUCUCAUGACUACCAGAUAUUUAUGAAAGUAUUGAUUUAUGUUAGCAGUUAGGAAUUUUUGAGCCAAAAUGUAGACGUGUAUUCACAAAGUAUUGCUUUUUUUUUCUGGCAUUGCAUUAAAUUACUAUCUUUAUUAAACGCAGCUGAUACUCCAAAAGGAAGAGAGGAUUAUAUUCUGACAACUGAGGAGAUGCAGAUGAAUGAUUACCCUCUCCCUGAAGAUGAUGAUAAUCAUGCUGAUUAUAAAUCGACACAUAAUCAUGGUAUGUAAUAAACAUUAUUAUUCUUUUAAAAUAUUUGUACGUUUCUGUUUGGCUAAAAUCGCACGCAUAUUUAAUCAUAACCAGCUACCGUCGACCAAAUUGGGAAAAAUUUAGCCAUACGUGAAAAAAAAAAAAAAAAAAUUGCCAUAUUGAACAGUUAACCGAGAAGACCUCUGGACGAGUUUGAGUUGUUUUGGUGAGUGAGUACAAAAUGGUGGAACACUUCAAAAUGACCUCAUCGAAUCACAACAACAUAUUUUAUCCAAAAAAACUGUUCUUUUAGGAACCACCAAAUAGAGGAAAAGUCAAUGACCAAGUUGUAAGCAGCUUUUAUUGUCUCUGAUAAGUGAAUAAGUAAUCAAAAAUAAACAAACUGAAAAUAAUUAUCGUAUAUUAUUCAUUCGAAAUAUUUCCCCAAUUCUGAUUGGCCAAAAGCACACGCAUAAUUCACCAUAACCAGUUACUGAUGACCAAAUUUGGAAGAAUUUUGUGUUUAACGAGGAAAUGACGUCAAAAAUGCAGACUUCUACAGGUUAAUGCACCGGUAACCGAGAAGACCUGGGGACGAGGUUGAGUUGUUUUGGUUGUGAACUUGAAAAAUGGCGGACAUUUCACUCGUUUCAAGAGUAAGAACUAGGCGAAAAAACAGCUAAAAACAUGGCAAGAACAGUAAGAAGACAACUCGAAGGGCGACAUCUGCUAUUUGGAGAAUAUUUGCGGAGCUGAACAACCUUAAACGUGCACUAUCGAAGAUGAACUUAACAUCGAUGGAGGUAAGCAUGUUUAGCCAUGUUCUUAAACUAAGAAUUAUUUUAAAUGAAUAAUAAAACAAUUAUUGAACUCGGCUUUCGUAUCAUAUGAAGAAUUAUGGAGAUCUCGGACAGUGUUAUCCGCCUCGGCAUACAGCCUCGAUGGAUAACAUCCUCCUCGAUCUCCAUAAUUCUUCGUAAGAUGCUCAGCCUCAUUCAUUAAUUGUAUAAUUAAUUGAUCAGCCCCUGCAAUCAAUUCAAACAGACAGAGAUAAUUGAGAGUGCAAUGGUAAUUAACAUGCUCUUUUUUCAGUGUCGGUUUACUGUCGGUGAGCUGUUGGUAUACUGUCGGCCAACUGUCGGCAAAGAGAAAACCAACAGCCGGCCGACAGACUUUUAGGGGAGCUCUUCUUCACUUUUACCCAACAAUCUUUCUUGACAGAGACGGUCAUUUGCAUUGUCAAACAAUAAAAGAAAAGCAUGGGCUACCAUUUUGUUCCUGAGUGCAAUCAUGCACAGGAAAGCCAUACAUGUCAAUGUUUUCGUUUUUUUCUGCCAUAUUUGCAGGACCACGAUUUGUUGAGAACCAAAAACCAUGGAAACGUGACGUGACGGCUUCUCUUCUCUAUUAAGAAAAUCUCGUAGUCGUAGUCUUCCUCGUUUUAGAAUCGAAAGGUCUCUUUCACUGCUCCACCCUACAUUAGUCUAAUGCAAGGUUACACGCAAUGUUUGACGGUAUUACCCAUUCUUUACACUGAUGAAGAGAAGCAAAGUCUCUCUUCUGUAAAGGAAAGAACGCCAUCGCGUCGCUAAAACUGUGCAAACGGUUACUAAAAAUUAUUUGUUUCUAGGUUUCAUUUCAACCAAAGCGUACCAGAAAUCUACCAGCACUUCAAACGAGUCCUCUUCACACGAGUCGCCAAUGUAUGCUGUUGACUGUGAGAUGGUAGGUAGGCUUCUAAAACACUGCAAUAUUUACCAUUUUUGUAAGGUAACAUGUCAAGACACUCGAAGGUCAUCUCACCCGAAGUCAUGUUGCCCGAACCGCAGAGUUAAAUUAAGUUGGAUUUGCACUUUCCCGUAAUUUUUACGCGCGUAGCCACGUAAAUUGUACCCGCGUAUAUAAAAUAGAGCUAAUAGAGUGAGUGAUUUAGAGUCGCGUUCAAGGCAAACGGCAAAAGUGAAUAUGUACCACGUGACCAAGUGUUCCCUCAGCUUGUGCUUUACUGUUCAUUACUUCUACCCCAAAAUUAGUAGCUUCCGGUUAGCUUGGUCUAUAACAAUUGUUUUGGACUGUCUUAGCUGCACUUAUUCUAUUUUACGAAAUUCUCAACUUGCAUCUGAUGUCUCUAAAUCUCUCUAAUGUAUGAAGUGCCGCGCGCAAACGUAGAAGUUGAGCGAGGUUCAACUUUACGUUUACGCGCGACCUCUCAUACACUAUUCUAUUUACGCACGUAAAAAUAACGCCACGGUGGAAAUCCACCUUUAAACGUAGACACGUAGCCUACGUCACGGUGGCGGCGCUUAAAGGAGGAAGAAAAAGCGGGGGUAAAAGCGCGCGAGUGAAAAAAGAAGAGAACUGAUUCCUUCCAUCCUCCCUUCCAUGUCUCCCUCUAACAGUUUUUGUUUGUUUGCUUUUUUUUAUAGUGUGAAACAGCAGAGGGAUUGGAGCUAACAAGAAUCUCAGUCGUCGAUGAAUCGUUCAAUGUAAUUUACGACACACUUGUUAAACCUGCCAGGCCAAUAAUAGACUACAAAACGAAGUAAGUUAUCUCAAGCUCCUCGCGAUUAAUCCAACUCGCUCAAAUUAUAGUUGACCAGUAGCUGAAAAUUAAAGGGGCAACUUUUGAAGCCGUAGUGGCUCGGCAAUGGAUAUGAAGAGCAAUGCAAGCCAAGACUUAGGUUUAGAUAUUUAGGGUUCAGCCUUGAAAACAUAUGUGUCUGUAUAUUUAGUGGCUUGUGGAGUGGUUGCCAACCAGGACCCGUUUUGUUGUUUGUUCCAAAGUGGGGCUGUAUUCAGUAGUUUAGUCGAAUACCAAGAGAAAAAAGCUUUAUCCUCUCUUGCGAAUACUUAUUUAUUCAGAAAUACUUCACUCCUUUUCACCAGAUUUAAGUUAUGGGUCCGCAGAGAACGGGUGCCGAGGAAAUAAGGCAGCGACUGCAACACAAAGCCAGACAGUUUUUUUUUUCUUAAUCGUACUAGUGUUUUUGUGACCUUGCCAGUAUGGGUGCACCUGCUAACAUGUGACAAGUGAUCUGCAGUAAAAGUACAAGUAAACUAAAAUGGAAACAUUUCCGUAAUGUCCUGCGCCCAAAAAAAUCUUCUAUAAUACAUUUCGGCAAACGACAAACUCAGGUUGAGAAUUUCUCAAAAUAAAACAUGAAAAGAUAAAAACAGUGUAAGACAAUUCUUAUGGAUGGAAAAAACGUGAAACUACUUAAUUUUUUGUAGAAGUAAAGAAAAGUUCAAGAAACAGUCACGUGGUACAAAUUCACGUUUGCCGUAUACGCGACACUAAAUCCCUUUAUUAUCUAUAGAAAAUUACGCAAGAAUAGCAACAACACAAAAUCCAUCAGUCUUACGGGAAAUCCUCUAAGAUCUUCAAGUUAAGGGUAUAGAUACUUGCGUCUCCCCCUUUUUUUGUGAAGGUUUAGUGGCAUUACAAAGAAGACACUUGAAAAUGUUACUACAACAUUAGAUGAUGUCCAAAAAUGUUUAAUCGAUCUUCUGCCGCAUGAUGCAAUUUUGAUCGGACAUUCCUUGGAAAAUGAUCUGCGAGCCUUGAAGGUGAGUUCGUUUCACAGUUUAGUGUCAACUGUUGUCCGGCGUUUUGAAAGAAAAUAAAAAACGUGACCAUUAUUCCACCAAGAAAGGUUUCUCACUUUAUACAUUCGUUUUGGAUUCCUGAAACGCAACUUAUGUAAGAUGUGUCUAAUUUCCCUAGUAACAAAAUACCCUUGAAACCUUCAAUCUUUAAGGAAUUCUUAUUUCAUCUGUCAAGAUAUUCUUUGAUUGUAUACAAAUCAUUGUAUUUCUCUAAUAUUUACCUUAUAUUUAUUUCUUUCUAGCUGCAUCACAGACGUGUGAUUGACACCUCAGUCUUAUAUGACAGUAGUAGUGGUCCUUUAUUUAAAUCUUCACUCAAAUGUCUCACUAAACAGUUUUUGAAGUAAGUGUUCAAUCGCGUGCGUACUUUCCACAUUUUCCCAAAGGCAUCUUAGUAAUUUCCAGUUUGUUUAGUGGCAAUAUUCAUUUGUAAUCUUUGGCCUGCACUUCUGUGUUUCUUGCGAUGUAAUUGAAACUUUUUCUAUGUAGUAAAAAGAUUCAAAAUGGAUCAGAUGGCCAUUGUUCAAUCGAAGAUGCUAAAGCGUGCAUGGAGUUGGUUCAACUGAAAAUUAAAAAUGGUAAAUUUGUUUACUUUAUCAGAUAUCUGACUCCGUGCUGUGUGUUACAAGACUCGAAAAUCCAUCUUUUAGAGCUGGUGUAGUAUUAUACUACGCUAAUUCCCAAAACUAUCAGCAAGAACACGCGUAACAUUUCCUCACAGCAAUGCAUACUCAUUACCUCACCGCAUACUAGUAAGUAAUAGGAAUGCAACGAGGAGAAACGUUGAAGUUCUCAACGGCCACCAGGAAGUGGGUGAGUUUAGAUCGCGAAAAUUGACCGUGGUCCCGGAGCACCAUCAUUAAAAAUGACCAUUUUUCAGACGGAGUGGCGAAUCUUAUAGUCAAGGGGCGCAAAGCAUUACAACCGCUGCGAGCAUGCGCGAUCCCGCGAGGAAAUACGCAACAUUAUAAAGAAUUCUUGUGACGAGCUAAUUAAUUAUGCAGUGAGAAUAGUGGCUCGAAUGUGAGUAGUAGAAAUGUAGAAGACUAAUGCUUGGGUUACAUCUCGCCUGAUUUGUAGACCUCUGCAUUUCUCCAAGUUUAGUUUUUUCAUCAGUUGUCGAGUGGACAUACCAAGUUUGCUUGAGAGGCCCCGAGGGAAGUUACACCUGGCAAAGCGUUUCAUGUUUUGUUAAUUCUACUAUUUUUUCCUUGCCUUGUUAACGUUAUUCCUUGUUUGUUUGUUUUUUAGGUCCAAACUUUGGAAAACCGUCAAUGAAUAAAGAAGGGUAUGCAAACUUAGUUCAAAAUAUUCACGUACAGAUAAUUCCAUCAGUUAUUUGUCAGAAAAAGGAGGCCUGGCCCGUAAACACUUGCUUAUCAUGAGACAAAGUUCUCUCUGCUUUUUUUUAUUCCUUUACGUUUAUUUUUAUCCCUUGCCAAGCCCUUCUUUGGAGUAAAACCAUUUUGGAGUUUUUACAAAUAAUAAAUGUAUAAAGAAGGAUCUGUUGCCAGUCACAGCAGGGGAUGAAGAAUACUGUCUCUCUCGUCUCUGGCGCCGCUACAGCGCAGAAAAAAAUCGCAAGUGUAAAGGUUGCUUCAAGGGACUAGUAAUUGGUGCAUUGGCAUUUCUUUCGUUUUCUUUAGACAGAUGGUGAGAGUAAAUACAGGAAAUGAUGAAUACAUAACUUAAGUCAUUGUUUCUCUUUUUACGUGAUAUUUAUCAACAGGUUAUUUGAGAGGAUCGCUCGAAAAGGAAGGAUAGGUAUAUUAGACAUUUUUCCUAUAAUUUAUAUAUAUAUAUAUAUAUAUAUAUAUAUAUUAUUAUUAUUAUUAUUAUUAUUAUUAUUAUUAUUAUUAUUAUUAUUAUUAUUAUUAUUAUUAUACAUUGUACUCACUAAACUGUCUUAUUGGCUAAGAUCCUACCGUUAAUUUUGGUAAUAAGCACAAAGUACAGAUUAGUUUCGUGCACGCGCAAUGCACGAUUUCCACGUGCAAUUUCAAACUAUGUUCCUUGGUGCGCUGUGUUUGUCGUUAUUUUCUUCAGAACAAUUUUGAUUAGAUUCGGCUUCUGUGAAAUCCGGUAUAAUCAAGGACUCGGUAAGUGUUGUAAGUCUUUGACCUCGGUUGACAAAACUUACCUCGAUUUUGAUUAUUCUGAAAGAAAAAGCGCAUUCAGUAAUUGUUAACUAUGCUCAACUGAAAUGGAAGUUUUGAUCAUCAUCGUUCACGAUGGACCAAACAUCUUCAUGCGCAUCUAAACCUGAAACUGAAAAUACGUGAACUUUUUCAUUAGAUAUGAUUAUCCCUGGAUUCUCUCUGGCGAAGGUGUAACGCUGGAUACUUCAAGUUUAAAAUCACUCUGACGGUGAUCCGUUCACCUUACAGUUGACCUGCGUGGCAGCCGUUUCCGCGCGAGUUCGUCGAGUUGGAAAAAGAGCUGAAUAGAAUCCACCUUUUUAGCUCUCGGCUCUCACAGUUUUCUUGGUUUGACUGUAACUCAGUUGGUAUACAGCAAAUUACUCCUUCACCGAAGGCCGCACUCUUUAUUUAUUGCUUUUUGGUUGGUUGUUUCUUUGUUGUUUGGCGUUUGUAAUGAAAAAACUAUACAAGCAGAAACUCGCUGGCAGGAAUCUCCCACCCACGGAGCUUAUUUAGUUGUUUUUAGCAAGUGUUUAAGUGUUUUUGGAUAAGCUUGUUGCACCAAACAAAGCGUUUACGUGGUAGAAGAAUUAAGACUGAUUACUCUCCCAAGAGAAGAUCCCGAGAUCUAAUUUUUCAAUCUAUGCCCAGUGAUUUGAGGCAAACCAACUCAACCGACGUCUCAUAGCGACUGGAGACUGUCGUUGUGAGUCUUCGUGACCCACGAUGACUCAAGAUGAUUGGAGACUAAUCCUAUUAUCAUGAUCUUGUACUAUUCGUAGGAGCCAUGCUUGACUCCCCAGGAGUGUUAAGAAAAUUUUGUAGUGGUGCAAGACACGCCGUUUCAUGUACUUCAGAUCACGAGGUAACGUCGCUGCUUAAAAACUAAAUUCCUUUGGGUUAAUCAUUGUAUUUCAAAAGCACCAAAAAUAUUUGUCCUGGCAUGCCACCUUUCAUUGGCGGGGAUGAUGUCACUGAAAACAUGCAUGUUGACUCCAGACGUUUCUAGUGUAAUUGGGUCAAAUUAAAAACAUAUUUCCUUGUUUUACCACGUGAACACGUUUAAGGCAUUCAGUCGACCACCCCUAUAAGACAGACACCUUUGUAAAACGGACACUCCUAUAAGACAGACACCUUUGUAAAACGGACACCUAUAAAGUUGGUCCCUGCCUUUCUUGAAUCCUUUUAUUUGACUCUCUAUAAGACGGACACUUAGAGCUGGCCCCAAAAAUGUCCGUCUUAAGAGAGAGUUGACUAUAUAUAUUUUUACAGUCAGUUUGUAAUUAAAAAUUGUUUCUCUACUUUUUUGGGGAUCAGUCAUAAACCCAGUCGGCUCUUUUAACUCGCCUUUUUCAGGAAAAGGAAGACUUCUGUAAAGCGGUUUCACCUGAAGUCACGUCAGCAAUAUUGCUGUACCAAAACUUUAAAACAGCUGCCAUGUUGGGGUCUCAAACCAGUCCUCCUGUGGGAGUUGAACCUUUGUCUUAUGUAAAAACCGUCUUUAAUUUGUUCUGAUAAAUUUGCAAAGCUGCUGACCACGUGAAUGAAAAUGCUCUACAGUCAACUCCCGGUUACUCGAGCCUUAAAGAGAAAUCGAAUAAAGUUCCAGUUAUCGAGGGUUCGAGUCAUCGACAGGUUGGAAACCAAAAAAGGAGAAUAAGCAAAUGGGAUGAAGAAGGCCAGUGUAACCAGCUGAAAUGUCGAUUUAGAUUCAUUUUAUCUACUUUGUUUUGUUUUGUUUCAGUUUUAUUAGAAGAAAAUUGACCUUACCUGGGGAGUUUUUGAAACUUUUUCGUUUGGUGAAAAAUAAAAUUGGGUCUGAGCUUUAGCCACAGAAGGCUCUCACAUCCAAUAAGGUUAUAAUACCGUAUUUCCUUUAAUAAGCGCUCUCCCCCUAGGCCGAAAUAUCAAAUAAGCUCCCCCUCGCCCCCUUUGUGUAAUGGGCGUCAGUACGCUUGAUAACCAAUGCCCUCCUCGAUUAAACGCACUCCUUUUUAAAAACUCCCAUCCUUUGCUCCGAAAUUUUCAAUGUGCGCCCGAGCGCUUAUUCGAAGAAAAACGUUGUUAGAAUAAUGAUCAUUUACUUUAAUAUCGAUAGUAGAAAUUUGCUUUCUUUUACGGCCAUUUUGAACUUUGCGGUCUGCUGGUGCGAGAUCUGCAACCAAGAAAUCUUCGGAGCCGCUCGUAUCUCUUAUAAUAUGUCGCUUCACACUCGGCAAGCGAUUGGAUGUUCCGAGAGCUUUCCGACUGUCCCAGACCCCCAAUAUUUCUUGGCUCCAGAUCUCGCACCAUCUGACCGAAAAAUUCGAAAUGGUCGCCAAAGAAAACAAAAUCCACUCAUCGAUGAAGUAAGUAAUCUUUAUCUAAUUGUUUUAACUUGAUCGGAGGUAAAAGCCCCUAUGUGUUAGCACCUGUAGACGCUUAUUAGGCCACCAAUGACCAUUGUUCUUAUUUCUAGGUGGUGUCCCAGGCGGUGGAGCUAGUCAAAACCGCAGAUCUACUGUGGGCUCAUUUACAUCAACCUGAAAUGUUCCUCAAAGGUCAGCGGCAUUAUAAUUGCAGACGGAACCUUUAUUACGUUCUUUAAAACGUAUCAGACUGAUUCGUGGCUUUAAGAACGAGUUAUGCCAUUCGCGUAGCGUGCUCGUUUCGGCUCAUUGCUUUAAGAACGAGUUAUAUUUUUUGUGUAGCGUGCUUGUUUUGACUCAUCGCUUUUAAUAAGAACGACUUAUGUGUACCGACGUCCGUGCUUGUUUCGACUCAUGGCUUUAAGAACGAGUUCUGUUGCCUGUUAGGCUUGCCAUUUUCGACUUAGGGCUUAAAGAACGAGUUAUGUUACACGUGCAGUGUGCUUGUUUUGACUCAUGGCACGACUAGACUUCCUGAGAUUCCAUCGGAAUCGAUGUGUUUCCAAUGGAUCCGAUGGACUCCGUCGGACGACUUUCCAAACCUCCUCUAAGUAUUGUUUACACUUCCGGUUUCAUCUCAUGACUAAACUUCCGGUAACUCUUAGCCUGAGUAUCAGGCGUUUCUGGGGAAAAGGGGAAAAAUGGAAGCGAAAAAGGAAGAGAGGUGAAGGAAAGAAACGCCUGACACAGAUGCUUUUACUGGAGCCUUCCACCCUCACACAGCAUGAUUCGAUACCAUCCAAUCAAAAUCACUUCCGGUCAUUGGGUUGUCAGCUUCACGUGUCAAAAAGCUCGCCUAAAAUAAAUCUCACUUAACGGUCGGGCCGAGCUCCGGUGGUUGUGUUGCUACGAUUUCGCUUUUUUCUGAAACCUCCAAUGAGGAGUUUUCGAAUACUUGUAAUGUAAAACCUGCCGUUUAUGAGGAGUUAUAACAGGGUUUAGGAAUUGUGCUAGUGUAAGAUCGCCAACGCUCUGUUUGUAAACAAACGUGUGCCCGGAAAAUUGUAAAUUGCUUUUGUUUACAGGGUUAAAUCAGGCGCUUGUCUGGCAGCUAAAAAGCUGGUGUUAUCCCUCGUAUUCUCGGGUGGUUGAAAGGAGCUGUUAGAAUAUAUAGGAAGGUGCGAUAGUGACACAGCUAUGCCUAGAAAUUAUCAAGCGGCAGCAGAUUCCACCACUUCACAGAGAGCUCGUGAAAGCUGUUACAAGUUCAAAACAAGUGAGAGCCUAUAGCAAAGGUCAAUCCCGUUGGCGAAAUAUGAUGGCGCCCGCUUGAGCUUAAGACAUUUCAAAAGUGAGAAGAUUUUGGAAGAGGAAGCGAACGAAUUCCAAUCGCGUACGUUAUCGUAACCGCAACAAGCAAAGUCAAGCUUUUUAAAAGCAUUGGUGCUGUGGUGCUGUCGACUAUAUCCCCGCGGCUACAUGGCUACCUCGCUCUAUUUUCAUUUACAGUAACAAUACCCUUUUAACGGCAGGAUGUUGUAAAUCUGAACUUAGAUAUCUGAAACACUGAUCUCGUCUUCUUUGUCCCGGUCUUGUGAAACCAAUACUUGGACAUAGUUUCGGCCGAAGAUGGUAUAUGAGGCUUUUCCUUACUUCGAGUACAUGUUUCCUUUAAACUACGAGGCCUUGAAAACACAAUUCUUGCUCGGGUUUUAUUUUUAUUCCAGGAAAGAACUUGAGAGCGCCCUCUAGAGCCUUUUUGAAUUCCUCUCUGCGUCUCUGUCUGUAAAAGCAUCACAUACCGGUAACAUGAAAUCAAAACAUCUAUGAAAAAUUUCAAUGACCGUCUCCUUGCCGAUCGCUCUUGCGGUCGGUGACGUCAGGGGGUAUUGUAUGUUAUCCAAUCACUGCCACAUCCAGAUUUUGGAUUUGUCACACGAUUUGCUGAAUGGUUUUGUGUCAGGCCUUCCUUUCUCUUCUCCCCCUCCCCCCUCCCCCAUCUAAAAUCUCCUCUCCCCUAGCCCCGUAGGAAGGCCUGAUACUCAGGCUAGUAACUCUAGUGGAAUCUACUGAACUUCCCGUUUCAUUUUUCGACUAGACUGCGUCGGACUCCAGGUUUUGUCCACUGGAAUCUGGUCGAGAGUAUUGGACAUAGGUGACUUUUGUCUCUUAUUUUCGCAGGGGAAACGUGUAACGAUAAGGGAGAAGAAGAUCAAAGAUGGAAGGUAACUUAUUGAAAUAAGUCCUUGUUUAGUUUUAUAGGCUAGGGGAAAAGAAAUGUCUUUAUAAAAAUGACUGGACUGCUUGUCAAAAAGUGUUAAAGGAUUUUUUGGUGGGGAGAGGGGGUGGGAGAUGGUUUCCAGGUUAUUUUAUUUUUUUGAAAUAUCGGCUUCAAGUGACGGCAGUGUCUUUAACAAUUUUGUGUCUCCCUGUAGACCUGUAUUCGUAGGCUAAUAUAGGAUAUGCAGUUUGGAAACAUUUACUUCAAACAGUUGUUAGAACUUUGGUCACGAUUGUUCUGAGUUUCCUGACUUAAGCAAAGCACCUUGGGCGUCACAUUUGUGAAGUUGUUUUGUUUUUAUCAACAGGAAGUGCUAAAGUCGGUAGACUCUAAAAUCCUACAAAUUCACCAGGCCCUACCGAAAGACACUUUGUUUUUUGUGAUGUUUGGUUGCGGGGAUUUAUCUCUCGUCACAAGGCAAGUUGUUAUUUUAUGCAAUUUUAGAUAUCGUACAUCCUACCUAGCUACUUUAAAAUGGAAUCUUGAGCCAGUUAGUUAUUACAAUGUUUAG